GUAUGAGUUCUCUUCUGAGUGGACUUCACUUUCUUGAGGAAAUGGAGGACUGUUUCUUUUCAAGGCUGAGCUGCAAUACUCGACACUUCAACCACGUUGGUCGCUUGUGAGCAUUGUGGAUAAACCUGAGAAGAACCGUGAUUAAAGCUUAGAGACUCCCCGUGCCAUUGGUCUUGAAGAGCAUGCUCGACCUCGCCAGAACUCUGAAAUCACCUAAAAGUGCCACCAUCAUGUCGUCGUUCUACAUUCCCGACGUCGGCAGCGACUACGCCAACGUCACUACGAACUACACAUACAUGGAUUCAGGGUCGGCAGAGAUCUUCGCCGAAUCUCUCUUUCGCAUCCUGACCCUCUCCGCAAUUUUCCUCAUCUCCGUACCUCUCAACAUCAUCGUCCUCAUCAUCGUGUUUCGACGACGUCGUCACAAGUCGCGGGUCAACAUCCUUGUCAUGCACCUGACACUCGCCGACCUCUUCGUCGCCCUUAUCAACAUUCCAACCGAUGUGGUAUGGUUCUACACGGUGCGCUGGCUGGCCGGGAAUGCGAUGUGUAAAAUCAUCAUGUUCAUCGAAUCGUUUAAUAUGUAUGGGUCGUCGUUUAUCCUCAUCGUCAUCAGUCUCGAUCGCUACGCUGCCAUUGUGCAUCCUCUCAGUAUUCACCAAGCAGACAGACGAUGUAAGAUCAUGGUUCGAGCCGCCUGGACAUGUAGUGCCCUCUGCAGUGUACCACAGUUCCUGGUCCACGAAGUCCUCUCACCUUACGAAGCACCGGACUUCACGCAGUGCGUCGACUACCGAUUUGCUUUCGAGCAUCCCACACUAUGGAGGCUUUAUCACGUUUUCGUCACCCUAGCCAUGUAUGUCGUGCCUCUGAUCACUAUAUUCACAUGCUACGCAGCCAUCAUCUAUAAGAUAUGCAGGAAAACUAAGCAAGCUCGUCAAUCCAUCAACAACAAUGAGAGUAGCGUCCUCAGGCGGUCAUGUUCGAGCAGUCUACCGAGAGCCCGGAUGAAAGCUCUUCGUCUCACGGCAACCAUUGUGACAGCGUUCAUCAUGUGCUGGGGUCCGUAUUAUGUACUGAGCACGUGGUACCAUUUCGACAUAAGGUGGCAAACGGGCGCUGGCCUCCCAAACCCUGACUGGAUGAUCCACAUUAUGAUGGCUCUAGGCUACUCUAACAUCUGUCUUGAUCCUAUCAUCUACGGCAUAUUCAUCACGCGGUUCAGUCUCUGCCAGCGCCGCGGUAAGUCCGCGGUCAUGCACCCGCUCACGACCUACCGUCGGUCGACGAUGAACUCAAAAGUCAUCACAAAUGACGGACACACGUCCUCGGUGCGGUUCAACCAUACGCUGGUGUCCAGCAAGAACAGCUGCAGUGGUACUCACGCCGCGGUCGACACGGUAACGCCGCUCCCAGACAGUGACACGAGAAGGAACAACUUCGUGAAUCGACGCAAAACGUCGACCACGUAACGACGUUUUAGUAACGUCUACAUGACGCAAGACUGCUACUCACCUUUUAAAAAAGCCUCUUGAGUCUUGACAUUGCAAGGGUACGACUAGAUAAUAUGAGCCCUGUGGGAUAUGGAUACUUUAUCUUAUUUCAAACUAAUUAUUCUUUGCAGAAGCAGUUUAAUCUGCAGUUUGUAUACGGUUAUUCAUAAUGUGACACAAAGGGAAGAAACUAGGCAAUUUGAGACAAUUUGGGUUAUGUAAGAAUUUCAAGUUUUAUUAAAGAGAUAAUUUAAUCUGCAUUAUGUUUUGCGAAUCACAUGGGUAGAAUAAGGUCAUUGAAGCCCUAAGGAUGUGAGUAUUGUUUGUAUUGCUUGUUUAUGCAACUUCGCGGAGAUAUUCACUCUCCAUUUCGUUUCUGGUGUUUAUAUCUUUUGUGACUCUUUGGAGAUAGUGAGGAUGCCCAACCAAGUGUUUUUGUUUUUGUUAUUGUUCUGCUGUACUUAAAAAUAUAUUGUAGAAUUUUAUAAAUGUGAAUAUUUUGAUAACUAUAUUCCGACCAAACGCUGCGUAUAGAUUGUAAAUGAAAUGAAAUAUUUGCGUUAUUGACUCAGUCGUCAGUGAAUUAUUUUUUUAUUGUAUUCUAUUUCGAACACAUUUGAGGUAUAUUCCAAGAGAAAAUAUACUUAUGUAUUUAAUGAAAAUCCACGACCUUGGCAACCCUAACAACACCCCGGAAAACUUCCUCUAAACAACGACCCGGACAACUACUUGAACAACUUGGACGACAGCCCGGACAUUUUGAACUACAUACUCUGACAACUACCCCACGGACAAUAAACUCCCGAAUGAUACUAAAAAUGAACUUAUCCUUACGACAUUUACGCCGGACAAUAUACUUCGGACAAUAACCCCGGACAAUAAACACCCGGCAAUAACGCCGACAAACUUUUUCCUAAUUUGGAUAUCUCGUAGGUAUAUUUUAAAUGAUUUUUGGUCGAUUUUUUUUUUUUGGUAAAAGGUACUGAUUCAAUAUAAUUGUCUUGAUAUAUUCUGUAAUCACAGUAUAUUUUCAGGAACUAUUUAAUUCUUACCUUUCUAACAAUAUUGUUUAAAGGUCAUCUGUACUAGUUUACAAGAGGGAUUAGACCA